CGAAAGAGAAAACCCUAAAGAAGAAAUCGCAAGAGCGGGCCCAGUUCGCGCACGAUGAUCAUCCCAGUUCGUUGUUUUACUUGUGGAAAGGUGAUUGGGAACAAAUGGGACACUUACCUCGAUCUUCUCCAGGCUGAUUACACCGAAGGGGAUGCUCUUGAUGCGAUUGGGUUAGUUCGUUACUGCUGCAGGCGCAUGCUUAUGACUCAUGUCGAUCUUAUCGAAAAGCUUCUUAACUACAACACUUUGGAGAAAUCUGAUGCCAAUUAAAAAAAGAUGCUAUAACCAAUAACAUAUGAGCAAGAGGAAAUAGUGAAGUCUUUCCCUAUGAAUGAUGAUGUUUCAAUAUUUUCUACUUGGGAAGUUGGGUCUAGUUUUAGACUACUUUUUGAACCACAAAUAAAGCUCGAGCUUGCUUGUAGAUUCGUCCUCUGUUGAUUGGUAAUCUAGUCUAGUCUACUGAUAAGAUUUUAUAUUUCUAAGAAUUCAGUCUACAAUCUUAAUCAAUGGUCAAUUGUG